GUGACGGCCAUUUAUGUACUGAAAUUGUUACCUCACCCUUUUCCCAUCUGAGAGGGAGGUGGUAGGCCAAUUAGGCUGAAGCAUUGUUGUUACGAACAAAGCCUGAUUACAUUGACACAAUUGAAUCCAGCCAUGUCAAUUUCAUUAGCUGCUGGGUCUCUAGUAGACACUUCACUCCUCUUUCUUCGUCUCCUCAACGCAAGUAUUCAGAUCUUCGACUCAAUCAAAUUCACCGUUUCGCACAAAACUCAACUCCAUUUUAUCGACAAGAGGCAAAAUGAGGCGAUUCCGUGUUACAUUGAUGAUUUGAUUGCAAAUGUUGGUAGUCAGUACCGGCGCAAAGCGAAUAAGGAGGGUUCUGGUGGUGAUAAGGAAGAAGAGCCUCCCGAGGCGGUGUUCAAUGUGUUGGAUGAUAUGCUUAAAGGGAGCUUAGACCGUUUGAAAGCGAUGAGGGAAAACAAAUUAUGGGCGCACUUAGGAGUUACUACAUGUAAUUUCGGAGCAGAUUACUCUCAACAUCUGGCCAUUAUUAAAGCUUUGUGUUUGGAAAGUAAGCUAGGAGUGGCCCUAUGGCUUCGGAACAAGAUGUUACAGAAUUUUUUAGUUCCUGAUGUGCUUACGCAUAAUUACCUUGUAAAUGGGUUUUGCAAAAGCGGCGACUUGGAGACAGCGAAAUGGAUUAUUAUAGAUAUGUUAUGCAGAGGUCCUUCUCCCAAUUGUGCUACCUAUAACACUCUAAUGGUAGGUUAUUGUGCCAGUAAUGAUUUGGAUAAAGCUCUAGAUCUUCUCUCCACCAUGAGUACUUGUGCUAUAAGACCAAAUAGAGUUACUUGUAACAUUCUUGUUCAUGCACUAUGCAAUAAAGGUUUACUUGGGGAGGCUACAAAACUCUUAGGAGAAAUUCUAGAAGAUAAGCCUGAAAGUAAAACAGCAAAUUUGAUCACCUCAACUAUACUUAUGAAUGGUUACUUCAAGAAUGGAGAUAUAUCUAGUGCCCUCGCUAUUUGGGAGGAAAUAUCCAAAGGGCACAGAACAAGAGAUGUUGUAGCAUAUAAUGUAAUGAUCCAUGGAGCUGGUUUGAGCUUGCACCAUAGUCUCGCAUAUAGAUUUGUAUGUGAAAUGUACAAAAAAGGUUUGAUGCCUGAUGUUUUCACAUAUAACGCUCUUUUAAGUCUUCUUUUUAAGGAAAAAAAGACUACCGAGGCUUGUUAUAUUCACGGGGUGAUGUCGAAAAUGGGGGUUCCUCCAAACAUUAUUUCAUACAGAGUGCUUAUUCAAGGUUUGUGUAUCAAUGGUGAUGUAGAUUUAGCUAAAGAGUAUCUUCAUAUUAUGUUAGAGGAUUCAGUUUUACCUGAUAUAUAUAUAUGGAAUUCUUUGAUUGAUGGUUAUGGAAGACACGGGGAUGUGCAACAAGCGUUUUAUAUUCGCGAUCAAAUGGUGGCAUCUGGCAUUUUUCCUAACAUAUUUACUUACAAUGCAUUGAUUAAUGCAAUAGCACGGGAAGGAAAACUUGUUGAAGCACAUAAUCUGAAGACAGAAAUGAUCUUUCAUGGAGUUUAUCCUGAUGUAGUUACUUAUAAUAUAUUAAUAGGUGCUGCUUGUCGUCUCAGACAUGUUCAUAUUGGACUCUUACUUCAUGAUGAAAUGCUGAAAAAGGGAUGCCAUCCUGACAUUAUAACUUACACCCAACUUUUGAAAGGGUUUUGUUUAAUAGGUAAAGUAAUCAAUGCAGAAAUUUUGUUUGACCAGAUGAUCAGCUCUGGUUUGAUGAUUGAUCAUGUUCCUUUUCAAAUAAUUAUAAAGAAGCACUGGAGGAUGGGAGAGCUGGAUAAGGCAUUUGAAAAUUAUCAGAUAUGGUUAAGAAGGGAUAAAUGAAAAUUAGCCAAAUUGUAUAAUUUUUUGACAGUGAAGAUUCACCUUUUGUAAGUGAUACAACCUUGUUAUCAGUGCACAUGUAUGACUUCAGAUUCAAGAAGGCGGCAACUUCUUUCCAUACAUGUCUGCAUCUUUUUCAAGAAGGUAACCAAGAAUCAUUUAAAGAUCUUGCUUACAUUUGUGUUAGUGGUGAAGCCACCAGUUUGCAACAGUUACUUGUCUAUACAGAGACUACAAGGAUUUGCUUAUGCUACGUUGUGUGGAAGAAAGAAAGAGGUAAAGGUAUUCUUCUUAAAGAGACAGAGCUGAAGAUAAUAAAAUCCUGUUGGAUUGCAUCGCGUGAUUGAUCUUCUUAGUUCUGAAAAGAAGUUGGUUGUUGGUCAUAAUUGCUUUCUUGGUACAAAUUAUCUCCUGCAAGAUGUUAUUAAGUUAUGUUUUCAUACAAGUCUCAUGAGGAUUAUAGUUAAUGUGCAUAUUGUUUACUAGUUAAUCUGCAUGAUACAGAUUUAGCACAUUUGUACAGAAAAUUUAAAGCCCCUGUUCCUACCACCGGCGUAGACUAUAUUUCCUCCAUUGCCAAGCACAUCCCGGACAUAAUUGACACAAAAUUUCUCCUGAACAAUAACAAUCCAUUUCAAGUUAUGAGGCAGAAGAGAAGCACGUCACUUGCGGCAUUUACUUUUUAAGUCCAGAUAUUGUGUCAGGUGUCAAAACCUCUGGAUCAGCAUACAACCCUUGCAUUAAGGUGGAGGUCCAAGUUAUUUGUCAUUGUGUAAUUCACAAAAUUAAUUAGACCAGGUAAUGUCAAGAUUUAUUGGCUAAUGCAUUCUCGUAAAUUAGUCAGGCUGUAAAUCUGUAUCAUCUGCUGGCUCCACAAUUCUAUCUUUGUUGCUGAAAAUCUGAAAGUACCCAUAAGCUCUGGAUUCUGCAGUCAUUACAUGUUUUUUAGGUCUGUUGAGACCAUAAGAAGGAUUACCUCCUGUGUUGUGAGUGUAGCUGUAUGAGGUACAGGCUUUUUCAUUGGUUAAAAUUUUCAUCUUCC